CUUGCGCUCACAUAGAGAAGGCUGGGCCGGGGUGCGGUGAUUAAUCCCCAUUUACAGCGCCAGCGAACAGCCAGGUGCAAAUACUCAGCCUCCGUAACUUUCUUUCGCUCUUAACUCAUUUCACCCGCUCCACGCUUGAUUCUAUCAAGCGGGUCCAAGUUUCUGACUUUCCAACUUACUUUAAUUUUUGAGGGGCACUUCCUCUGGCCCAUCCUCUCCAAACCUAACCUUGUGUCAUGUUUUGUUGCAGACCAGCCAAGUGGCCCCGUCUUCAUUUAGUGACUUUAUCCGUGCAAAGACAGGCCGCGCAGCGAACGGUAAAGCUGGUCAGGAUUCGGUCUGGACAACAUUUCCACUACAGCAAACUAGAAUAAGUUUUGAAAAUUUGGAGACCAAACGGCACAGUUUCUAGCAUGAUGUCAUACCUCAAACAGCCUCCUUAUGGCGUGAACGGGAUCAGUUUAAGCGCACCGGGCAUGGAUUUGCUGCACACCUCUGUUGGAUACCCAGCAACACCGAGGAAGCAGAGACGGGAGCGCACCACCUUUACUCGCUCGCAGUUAGACGUGUUGGAAUCGCUCUUCGCUAAAACUCGAUACCCUGACAUAUUCAUGAGAGAAGAAGUGGCAUUAAAAAUUAACCUACCUGAAUCACGAGUCCAGGUGUGGUUUAAAAAUCGCCGAGCCAAGUGCCGCCAGCAGCAGCAGAACGGGGGGAGCGCCAAAGCCCGGCCAGCCAAGAAGAAGUCGUCGCCGACUCGGGAGAGCAGCGGCUCGGAGAGUAGCGGCCAGUUCACCCCGCCCGCCGUGUCCAGCUCCUCCGGCAGCGCAGCCAGCAACGCCAGCAGCGGGCCCACCUCGCUGCUCAACCCACCAGCCUCCAUCUGGAGCCCGGCUUCCAUCUCCCCCGGGGCGGCAGUGGGGGAGCCUCUGGCCGCCAGCGCUUCCUGCAUGCAGCGCUGUUCCUCCUCUUCGACCUCCAGCGCCUACCCGGUGGCCUACGGCCAAAGCGGCGGCUAUACCCAGGGCUACCCGCCUUCCUCCUCCUACUUCGGCGGCGUGGAUUGCAGCUCGUACCUGGCGCCCAUGCACUCGCAUCACCCUCACCACCCCCACCACCAGCUGUCGGCCCACGGCACCGCCCUCAGCCCCAUGAGCACCUCAUCCAUGUCUGGGCAUCACAUCGGGCAGAGCGCGGCCCACCACCACCACCACCACCAUCACCCUCACCAGGGGUACGCGGGCGCUGGACUGGCCUUCAACUCGCCCGAUUGCUUGGAUUACAAAGACCAGACGCCAUCCUGGAAACUCAACUUCAACACAACGGACUGUUUGGAUUACAAAGACCAGACCGCCUCGUGGAAAUUCCAAGUGUUAUGAAAUGAGGAUCGAC